AUUUUUGAGUAACCAUACAUAGUCAAUUAGUGAAUUGGCCGGCAAGUACGAUGUAUUGGUUGUUAUUCUUCCUAGCAGCAAUGGCCAUGGGUGUUUCAUCGUCACCAAAUAAUAAUGGUGUUUUUGAAAUCUAUGACCGCUACUCGAGCGAAGUUGUCGAGGUCUUAGGCAAGGGCGGGUUGCCUAAGAAAGGAGGCUUGGAUUACAUUUCAUACAUGGCAGCCCGUGAUUCCCGGAGACGCCAAUCUUCUCCGGCCAUCACCUUUUCACCCGGAGAUGCCACCUUUCAGAUGCAGACGUUCGCAGAUUAUCAUUUUGUAAAAGUUUAUGUGGGAACGCCUCCUAUGUCCUUCAUGGUGGCAUUAGACACUGGGAGCUCAUUAUUUUGGCUCCCAUGCAAUUGCAACGUCUGUUCACGCCACUUCACUUUUCCUUCAACGCAUCUGGUAUAUACUUCGUAUUUAUAUAAGUGCUUUACCUACGUAUUAUUCUCUUCUAUUCGUACAUGUUAUUAUGGUACGUUAAUUGCAAAUAUAAUUUCUCUUUUAUCCUUUUCAUCAAAUUGUUCUUUUUGUACUUUGACAUCUGCCAUGUACAAUCUCUCGGCCUAGGAUAGACCAUAAAUUUCAAUUUUUACCAUCCGAAUAAUUCUUCCACAUAUACAAGUGUUGGUUGCGACAGUGGAAUAUGUCGGCGGCAAAAUUGUCCUUCAAAUAAGGGAUGCCCCUAUGAGGUCCUAUACUUGGAUGGAUCUUCGACUACAGGGGUGCUAGUAUCUGACGUCAUACACCUUGCAACUUAUGCUAAGCAACCUAAACAUUUUAGAGCAAAUGUUACAUUCGGGUACGUACCUAUACCUAUAUACUAGUUCUUUUCUCUUUUAAUUGCAACAUUAGACUUUUUGUAUUACUCACAUAUUCUACUUUGACUAUAUUUUACUAAUUAAUGUAUUAUAAAUUAAAUUUUUUAAAAAUAUUAUUAAAUUCUUCUCAUUCUAAAAUUUCAAAAUAUGUAUUUUUUAAAUUUUUUACUAAUAAGGAAUGAAAGAUAUUAAUGGUCAAACUUGUGCGUUGACAAACGUGAAAUGUUGACUGUUGCAAUUAAAAAGGAACGGAAGAAGUACGUAUUAUGAAGUAGGUACUCCCUCUAUUUCUUAAUACUUUGUUAUCUUUUAAUUUUUUGACCAAGCAAGGUAACCUUUGAUCAAUAGUACUCUCUAUAUUUUUAUAUGAAAUGAUUUGUAAUAUAAUUGUUGAAGUACUUUCAUAAAAGAAUCAAAUUAUAUAAUUUUCAUAAAUUUAUACUCCGUAUUGAUCAAAAUUAUUAUUGAUCAAUAUUUGCCACCAUUAAUUUAAAAGGUCAAAUAUGACAAAGUUAGAUAAUAAUGUUUGUUCAUUCAUUUUGUGGGGGUUAUUUGUGCAUAUGCAUAUGUGGAAAAUCCAAGCCCAAACUUGGAGUGAUGGUCCUGAUGGCUGCUUUGUUACUACACAUAUUUAUGCACGUCAUGACAAUGUUCCCUCCGAUUCAUAGCUUUGUCUUAUUUGGCAUUUUUGGUCAAAGUAUUGAACUAAUUUUAACGAUGUUCAUAAUUAACAUACGGACUAGUAUUUAGGUAAAACCCUAAUUUUAAAACAUCAAAUUUCGCAUCACUUUCAUGGUGAAUUUCGAGAAUGCAUGUUGAACGUCGGUUAACGUUCUAAAACGUAGGUGUAAAUAAAAGUAUUGUGUUUUCAUCUUAAAAUGUACUCGACUACUCGUAAUUCAGUACUUGUUAUUGGCAGGAAAAACAAGAAAUUAAAAUCAAAACACUGGUGAUCCAUCUUUUUGAAAAAUGUGUUGAGUUUUAGUCAUAUUUAAUUAUGUACCGUAAUUUUUUAAUGUUAUACUACCGCCGUCCCAUAUUGGUUGUCCACUUUCUAUUUGAUACGAUUAUUAAUAAAGUGGUUGAAAAGUAAAAGUUGUAGUUGAGAUUUGAGUAGAAUAAGAUGAAAUGAUAAGAAUCACAUAUUUCUUGCAAAAAAGGAAACAAGACAUUCAUUUUGGGAUAACUCAAAAAGGAAAGUAAGACAAUCAAAAUGGAACGGAGGGAGUAGUAUUCAUUUCUUUUACUGCGCUUUGUGCAUAUAAUUAAAGGUGUGCAUCCAAGGUAAAAGGAUUAUUUGUGCGCUCUUCUGCCGUCAACGGGCUAUUGGGACUCGGGCCGGGUAAUGGGCCUGAAGAUAUGGAUGUGCUUAGCAUCCUUGCUUCUCAAGGGAUUAUUGGCAAUUCCUUCUCCCUUUGUUUCUCACCCAAUGGGAAGGGGAGAUUAAUUUUCGGGGACAAAGGAACUCGCAAUCAGAAGAGAACACCAUUAGAUCAAACAAUAGAAAAUGAAGCUCACAAUGUUCUAAUCGAGGAUAUUGUUGUGAACCAAAAUGUCUUUAAACAUGUUGGUCUCACGGUAUUUUUUGACUCUGGUACAACAUUUACAGUCUUAAGUGAUCCAGCCUAUACUUUUAUUGCAGAGAAUUUCAAUUCUCUAAUAAAGGAACCUCGCCGCAAACAACCAUCUCCUCGUUAUUUUGAAUACUGCUAUGACUUGAGCCAAAAUCAAAGUUCUUAUUGGACUCCUACACUGAGUUUAAUAAUGAAGGGAGGACAAAAGUUUGAUGUGCUUUUUCCAACAUUCCACUUACAUCCGGUGUUUGCUCAGCUCUAUUUUCUUAGAAUUAUAUUCCUCAAAUGUUGUCUUCUGUUUAAAAAAAUAUAACUCUCAUCUUUUCCUUAUUUAAUUACCUUUUCAGGGUAACAGCCCUUUCUAUUGUCUAGCUAUUAUCAAGGAUGACAAUAUUAACAUAAUCGGACGUGAGCAAUAUUAAUUCUCAUCCACUCAAUCUAUCUAGCUUUUUUUACAAUUAUUAUUUACGAUAUUGAUUACGUGUUUUUUAUAUUUUAAUUUACGUAAUAGUAUAGUAUUAACGUAUCUUAAUUAGCAUGUAUAUGCAUGCAUAACUGCAUAACAUAAGCAUGUCCAAUAAAUGAGUAAAUGACGGUACGUAUUAAUUAUUUGUGCAGAGAAUUUCAUGACUGGCUACAAUACAGUGUUUGAUCGAGAAAAGCGUAUUAUGGGGUGGAAGCAAUCCAAAUGUAAAGGAAACCAGUUCAAUGUUACUACCUCUGCUUGGGAUGCACAAGCUUCAUCACUGCCUAUUAUUACCAGAGUUAUGGGAUUGUUAUUCUAUUACUUUUUGUGUACGUAGUAAGAAAUUGUUGUAAAAAGGAGUAAAGCAUACGGGAUGUACAUAAAUUGAAGUAUUAUUAUUUCAUUUAAUAUAAAUGAUUUAAU